GACAGGCAGUCAAGCAGAUGGAUGGGAACCCCACCCAGGCCUGUUUCCUCUCUGUCCGCUCAGUCCAGAGAUAAUCUGCUGAGGAGGAAGUCAAGUAUUAUUCCAGUACGAGGAAUGAUGAUUGUUUCUGUUUGCUGAGACGGAGUCUGAAGUUGGGGUUUUUUUGGUCUAAGUGUGAUGAAGAUCCUGUAGGUGGUCAAGCCACAAACACCAUCCAGCUGAUGCCCUAGCCGUCACCCGAUUGGCCGGAAGAGUGUAAAUCAGCUGAUGUAUGAUUUUGACUCUAGUCCCUGAGCAAUUGAGACAGAGGAGAAGGACUUCACUGCUUUUUGCUCUCAAAUGUGAGUGUAUCUGGCUGCGUAAGAUAGUUUGCCACCCAGAUUGGAUUGGAAAGUCCCAGCUCCUGCCAGUCCUGGCAUGAAACCACAGUAGCUCCCCGGAGAAUAUACUGACUCACCUAGCAGAGCUAGUGGAGCAUCAUUAAAAAAUAGAAGACUGUAGCCCUGGAUGAGGGUACUGUCUUUAUGCAGAGGGCAGAUCGCAGCUUAAGGUAGCAGUUUUUGAAGUUUGCGAACUGCUUGGAUGUUGUUUUGUUACUAGCUUGUCAGCAUACCUAAAACACCUGCGUUUGUCCAACUGACAGCUGAUUUUUGUUUAUUGGCCAUGCGGAUUCUGCUAACAGGGAUUUUAAACCCUUUUUGGAUAGCUGUCUAGUUGUAAGAUUUCCAGCUCAGGGGAAAGCCUGUCCUGGUACAGCCAUGGAGGGUCUUGAGCAGCUGGACAUGGUGGGUGAUAUCAGCCCAGCUCUGGAGGCCACAGAGGAUUUCAUCCACUGCAUGGAUAGGAUACAAGGCCAAGGUACAAGCCAGGCUCAAACAGGGAACCUUCAGCCUGCCAGGCAGUCGAAGCAGCUGCAGGAGGUAUCUAAUGCAGCGCUGGGCAAGCUGAGCUCCAGUGGCGUGUGGAACCUGCUGGCUGGAGAGCAGCCGGAGGUGGGGCCUCUAGGCCUAGCUUGGGCCGAUAACGUCAGUGUUUUGGGGCUAGGAGUGGGUUUGAGGCACGGCAAGAGAAGCCGAGCGCGCUCCACCAAUGACCUGGCUGCCCAUACCAAGGAGUGCACCAACAACACCACCAACUCCUCAUCUAACUCGGCGUUUAAGAAGGGACACAGCCGGUCCAGGUCAGAUGUCCACUACCGCCCAUCUGCCUGCACCGACAAUGGUCUGCCCACAGUGGACUGCAACACCCUGAAGAACAUGAUCCUCAACCACCAGCAGGAGGCUGAUAAAAGCAGCAGUAGCAGUGUGGUGAAGCAGGGUGAGAUGGAGCAGCGUGAGGGGCCCCGAGGCCGCUGGACACCCUGCCAUGUCGAGCUGACGCCUUGCGAGCUCCGCCUGUACACUCUGGACAGCAGCGCCAACCGCCAGCUGGGCACUGCCUACUCACUGUCACACUGCCAGAGCGUCAUCUCUCCAGCACCCUGCAGCCAGCCCGGCCAGAUCACCCAGCCUGCAGACCAACGCACGAUCCAGGCUGUCUUCUUCAACAGCACACGUCUUCAGCUGAGGGCGGCCAGCCAAUGGGAAGCCAUGGAGUGGAGACGGCUGAUUUGGGAGAAGGUGCAGGCGGCCAGACCCAUGAGGCAGGAGAAUCGUCAGCAUAAAAGCGGAGUAGAAAAUCAUCAUGUCGUGAAGUUUCCUGCACCCAUGUCACCUUCGUCUUCGCCUUCUCCUUCUGGGCUCGACACCAGGCCUGAUGGCGAAAGCGACACCCCAACUUCAGCAGAGGCAUCGCUCUCUCUUCCGCCUAAUUCUGUUGUCCUGAGCAGACCCACCACCCUGCCUUUGUUCACGCAGUCGUGCCAGGACGUUCUCAGAGCCGGUCUACUGUACCAGCUGACGGAUCAGAACAACUGGCGGGCCUUCACCUUUGUCCUCACCAGAUCUGUUCUCCAGGCCUUCCCCACAGAAGGCCGUGGGUCUGUGUCCCAACCUGUCCUCCAGUACUCGCUGGCGUCUUGCAUUGCUGUUCAGCAUGAUCAUGAAUCAGAGAAUGGAGAGCCAUGGACAGGAAGAGGGGAAUUUUUUCAGGCUGUUUUCCCAACAGAGGUACUCAAACUUCGUGCUGAUGGUCACCUCAAGGCCCAGGAGUGGGUGGAGACCUUGCGGGAGGCAGUCAGAACACAAAGGCCUGCACAAGAAGGGACAGAACCAGGAGUAGGACCUCCUGGUCUCCAAGGGGUGCUAUUGAGAUCAAAUCCAUCCAGGGACAGGAGGCAAAGGGACGCACAGAGAGCAAAGCGACAGUCGGUCACCACCAGUUUCCUCAGUAUUCUCACCUGUCUGGCUGUGGAGAAGGGGCUCACUGCUCAGAGCUUCAGGUGUGCAGGUUGUCAGCGUCCCAUUGGUCUGUCCAGAGGAAAGGCGAAGGUUUGUUACUAUAGUGGCUGGUACUACUGCCAAAGCUGCCAUCAGGACAACUCUUUCCUCAUCCCAGCACGCUUGCUGCACAACUGGGACACCAGCAAGCACAAGGUGUCCAAACAGGCCAAGGAGUUCCUGGAGUUUGUGUAUGAAGAACCACUGCUGGACAUCCAGCAGCUUAAUCCCUGUCUGUACGAACACUGUGAGCCUCUGAGCACAGUCCUGCGUCUCCGUCAGCAGCUCCAGUCACUGCGGGCCUACCUGUUCAGCUGCCGAGCAACCGUUGCUGAGGACCUCAGACGAAGGAUUUUCCCCCGGGAAUACCUCCUACAGCACAUCCACCUGUACUCCCUGGCUGACCUGCAGCAGGUGAUUGAUGGAAAACUGGCUCCUUUCCUGUCCAAGGUGAUCAAGUUUGCCAGCUCGCAUGUUUUCAGCUGCAGCUUGUGUCGAGAGAAAGGCUUCAUCUGUGAACUCUGCCAAAACGGGCAGGUCAUCUAUCCCUUCCAGGAGAACGCCACCCGGAGGUGUGACAGCUGCGGCGCCGUUUUCCACGCCGAGUGUCGACAGAAAGCACAGCCGUGUCCUCGCUGCGUUCGCCGGGAACUCCACCACAAGAGGCCAUCGUCCUUCUGGUCACCUGAUGACGACAGCCCAGGCUGUUUCCACGUGCCCUACCAAGACACCUGAGACAAAUACCCGCAGGAGCGAUAACAAACAGGGCACCGCCGCCCAGCCAUCAUCCUGGACAACAAGGCUGUUUCUCUGAUUUGUGUGUGUCUGCAGGAUGGACCUUGUGGCAGCAGUGACCAGGGAGUGGACUCGGAGCAUUUGUUGCAGCGUCAGGUUUGUGUUUUUGUGUGUGGACCUGCCAACGCACAUGCCUGAGCCGAGCACCCUUUGGCUUGCUGUAAAGAGCAGGAAGAAAACCGACUGAAGAACUGCUUAGUCAGGCUACUUGCAUUUUGUAGUCCAGCACAAACAGAUUAUCCUCUGCCAUCCUUAUCCCCACUCCUCCUCACUCCUCAUUCCUACCUUUUACAUUUUUCCACCUCCAGGAGCUAGACGUGCAUAAUCAAAGCUGAUCAACUGGAGGAAUUCAAGCUUAAAAAUAAUGUGGUGCAUUGUAACCACCUGCUCUCAAAGCCUGCUUAAGUUUGACAAUACAAUGAGUAGUCAGUAGGCAGAAAACUAGUAAACAAUCUUGGCAAUGGAUGUGUAAAAAAACAACAUUAAAUUUGCUGCUCUCUUUUAGGUGAAAUAAGCAAAAUUUUAAAUUCCCCCUCCUCUGAGACCAAUCAAUGUUUUUGUCUUUGUUUACAGACUAAAAUAGAAAAUAACUGAAAACGGAUCUGUGUGUAAGGGAAAUGGGUCCAAGUGAUAGAGCACUCAAAACUUCAAACCCUUUUUUCACCAUUUUUCCUUUCAGAGAGAAGGAGCUGUUGUCAGCUUGUAUUCAUGUCAGUGAUAUUUAUGUCAGCAGUCAAAUAUUAAAGGUUAAGGUAUCAGUUAAUUAAUUUUUAUAAUGGUAGUCAAAAGUGAAACGCAUUUUAUAAGAUGUAUUUUUUUCCCGUGUUCUUAUUGACCACUGAUAAGAAAAAAACAUUUUAACAGAAGCGAUUUGGUAUAAAAAUCCAGUCCUCAGUCUGCAAUCAAGAAGACUGAGCCUGAGAUCACUUUCAGAACGUGCUGGAGUGAAUGAAGUACACAAACUGUGUCCUUUGUAAGAGGAUUUAGAAAAGUGUGUUUUAAUGACGAGUACAGGACAGGAAGGUGUGAUUAAAAUAAGCUGUUUUAACACAAAAAUAGUGCCAGGAGGAAAACUUCUGAAAACAGUCCUGCAGCACAAUCAGAUGUUUUACCCACCUAAGAGCAGAUUUCCUAUAAUAUUGCUAAAAUCACAUCUUCUCUGAACGCACAGGUGCGCUGACGCACAGUGGCUCAUAAAAAUCAUAAGACCAGAUUUCACAAUAGUGCCACAAAUUGUUGUCGAGAUGCUCAAACUCCCUGAACAGAGUUACUGUAAAUAACAGAUUAUAUUUUCAGCGGGACUCAAAUGUUCUCAGCUUGUCUCCUAAUGACAGUAUUAAUUUGCUGAAUUAGCUAAUGUUUUUAUUAUUUAUAAUAUUUUUACUGUCUGGGGAAAAAACCCAUUGUCCUGCAACAUUGUGCGAUAACUCUGCAUUUGGAGCACGUGGAUAAACACAGGAAAGUGGAUUCUGCUGCAGGGCUGUUUUAAUGAGCAGUGUUUUAGUUUGGUUUUUUAAACUGUGGCAAUGUGUCGGCAAUGACAUUUACAGUCUCUGACUAAAUCCAAACUGACCACAGCUGCUGCUGUUCUGAAGAAACAAAAAAAUAAUUUGUAUGAAAGUAUAAAAAUCCUUCCUCUCUCCUACUUAUCUUUUAAGUUAUUUAACGUGUGGAUUUUCACUCACUCGUUUGAUCAGUGUUUCUUUAUUGCAGACUCUGUCAGUGUGUUUGGGCACGUUUUCUUCCCUCCAUCACUCUGACUGUAAAAUAACAAAAGGGGCAAUAAUAUAAACUGUAACUUAAUCGUUCAUUGUUGCCUUUUUCCCCUCCUGUGUCAUUCUACUUCCUGUUGUGCUUUAUUCAUGCAGAAUCUAUCAAGCAUGAUAGCAGCUUUAGCGUUUUAGUAUCUCUAUGCAACCUAGAUGGCCUUUAUAAUCCACAGCUCUGAUGUGUAAAGGUCUGGGAACAUUUUCUUUACAGCGCUGAACCAGCUGUGUUUACAUCAAGUUUUAAGAAUAUAAUAAUGAAAGGAAAUUAAUCAAAUUAAUUUUCUGUCUUCUUUGCUGGUUUAAGAGUAAAUAAUUAAAUCCUGCUAUUUUUUUCUGGUUUGGUGUAGAGUGAAAUGUUAGAUACAGUAAGCUUUUAUUUUUUCUACAUAAAAUAUGAAACUGCUCCAAUCAGUGAAAGAUAGUAAAGUCUGCCUGUAGUGAUCACUGAAAGCUGCACUCUCUUUGUUUUUAAGCACUGUAAUAAAAUCAGAUUUCAAUUAUAUUGCAAACCAGGAAAUAUUGGAUUUCUCAUCAUCUUAAGACUCAAGGACUGCAGCUUUAAAGUUCAAUAUGCCAAAAUGUGUAAUAUGUUUUGUUUUUUGUCUUUUGUUUUUCUUCCUAACAAGCUGAAAUCUCAGUGCAGAUCUGUCCUUUCUUAACCUCCUCUUCAUCAGCUUGUUUGAGCCAUAAAAUUACAUCAAUGUUGAAAUGUGACAAACUUCAGCUCUGGUUUGAUUCAGGAAUAUGUGUUUUUGUGAGAUCAGUGACAGUUCUACGUGUUUGUGAAGCACUCAGGAUGCUACGCAUUGAAACUAAAUAGGAUGUUUGAGCUGAAAUGAAAUCAUUUUUAUUUAUUUUAUUUAUUUAUUUUUGUUUGUUUUGAUGGUCAUAACUGAAGUCAUGUCGGGUGAUAUUAAAAACAGUGUUUAAGUUGUCGAUUGAUCGUGCCUGCUGGAAAAAGACUUUUGUUUUUGUUUUUUCUAAUUGAGUUUUUUUUUUUUAUUGUUUUACUUUUUGACUAUGAACUCAUGCUGUUUUUGUACUUUGGAGCCCAGCAGAGGUCAAAGAUCACUCAACUGUUUAUCACACAGAGUUUUGCACGGAGAAUAAAUCACGUGUAAUCAAGUCCAAAUCCAGCCCACCACACAAACUUAGCUCAUCUGUUUCCAGUUGCAUAACGAGCAUAAUCAAACCUCAUCCUGGCCCCAACCUUUAUGCAACAAACAGCUUCAACUCAGAGGGUCUAUUCAAAAUAUGUCGAUUUAGGGAUUAUAUUCCUGUUACUGAUUGCCAGAUUGUAGAGUUUGUUUGUUUGUUUGUUUGUUUGUUUUUAGACUAUGGCUAUUUCUACAAAUCUACACAUCACCCACAAAAUCUGAUUUCAUGCCACUAAAACAUUACACACUGCAAAAGGGAACAAGAUUCAAAGCCUUUUUUUCUUGUAAAUUCAACAAACCAUCAACUGAAUAAGCACACAAAGCACCAAUGAUGCACAAAUUAUAGAAAUGAAAAGCGUUAUAGCUUUUCUGUGUGUAGAAACAGGCAGCUUACACAAAGUUAUACACACAAAGUACAGACUCUAUAUUGUGAUUUUUGCACAAUAUACAAAAAAAUGUGGGGGGUUAUCCCCAAAAUAUUAAUUUCACAAGCAAAAGUGCAACAGAAGAAAAAGGACUCAAAGAAGAAAAUGACUGAAGAAAUGAGGCUACAUCUAACUAACCUUUAUUUGUGUGUCUGUGUCACCCUCAAUUUCAUACGAGUGUAAUCGAUUGAGCUGUGUAUGGGUAAAGUGGGUUGUAAAAUUAGAACCUGUGUGAAGCAAGAGACAUGCAUUUACUUUUGGCCGACUUACUAAGUGAAUUGGCUACAAUUGUUUCAAAGACAAUAAUAAAUAUAUUAGUAAAAGUUAAAUUCAAACAAUUACCCGUAAACACUGGAUACUAAUUACUGUAGUACUUUAUAUUACUGUUGGUAACAAUGUAGUAACAGUGGGGCAGUAAGAAACAAAAGCUAAUAAUGGCGCAAUUACAAGUUAUUACCACUUAAUUACAAAGUAAUUAUCUUGUAUCAACGCUGAUAUUUAUGAUGUUACCUGUACUGUAAUGCUAUCAUUAGCCUAUGUCUGUGAAUCUGAGUGAAAUAUGGGUGGAAUAUGCAUUUGUGUAGUUACUUGUUUAGACCUAAUUAUCAAACAUUAAUAUGCUAUGCACACUGUGAGCUAAGAUUGUGAACAUAGUAAACAUUAUGCAUGCUAAACAUUAGUUGUUGUCAUCUUAAAUAGCUCAGAGCACAAGUAUAGCCUCCGGGUGAUGCUCACUUCUCUAUUUGUACAAGUGAAGUCAUCUGAAUAAAUAUAUAAAACACAGCAAGAGGUGUGUAAACAUCCUGAAGACAUAAGCCAAUAUGCAAAUUGACGCAAAUGCAUACAAGGUCUUAAAAGACAUGUUUGCAUAAACAGAGCAACACUAGAAUCUGUCCAAAAGUCAGCCUGUCCUCAUCUGCCACAAACAAAAUGACAAUAGUGACAUUAAUAUCAAUUAAGAGCCAGCUGUUUUUCUGUUUGUUGUUUCUGACAUAAGGCAGAAUUAAUUCUAGUGUUGUAAUAUGAUAAUAGUAUUCUAAAAUAUAAAACAUCAACCAAUAUUACCUUAUUAUGAGGUUACUACCAGUUUCUGCAAGUCAGUGUAUAAAAAUUUGAAUGCAGAUUUUCCUGUUUUGUUGCUAGCAGGUUAUUUUUUUAUCAACAUAUUACUAUUAUUAGCUUUUGGUUUAACUUCAUAGGCAUAUGGCCUGUUAUUACCCAUCUGCAUAAAUGUCAGUGUAAUAUUACUCAGCUCUUUAUAGUCGUUGAUACAAGUUAAUUACGUGAUUUUUAUCUCCUCAUUUCCAACUUCACUAUUACCAUAUUUUUACCGAUCUAUAAUAGAAAGUACUACCAUAAGUAUUUUUUAAAAGGUAAAAGGGACAUUUAGUUCUGUUGUUCCAGUCUAAUGAUGCAUUUUUCAAGAGCAGAAACCUACUAAUUUAUGGAAAGAAAACACAUAUAAGACAAAUACCUGCUGGGCCCUACAAUUUGCCGCUAUGUAGCUAAAGUUACUUGAUUGUGUACUUUGAGAAAUGUAUUAAAUUACUUGCUAAUUUUAUGCUGUUGUUUCACUGCAACCUGGAAGUCCAGGUUCAUGUUUAUUUGAUUUUUAAAUAAUACUGCAAUAUUGCAACAUCUGCAACAUCUGCCAGCUGCUUUUUUUUUAUUUCUUUACAUGACUGCAGUGUUAUCCUAGUAACCUCCAGCUCAAGCCUAAGUUGAAAUUUUAAGGAAGUUUUAUGACCGUGCGAGCACAAGGUUGUUGUUUUUUUGUGUUUUGUGUUGUUUUUUUUUUAGUUUUUGGUACUUGACUUGAAAUGUUGCUCAUGUUUCAGGCACAGGGUGAUCAUUGCAGUGUGGUCUUAGAGAAUAAUAUAUUGUACAGUAUUUAAGCACAGUAGCUGGACUGAAAAUCUUUUGCACUUUUAAGUUUUUUUAUUAUCCUUGUUUUCACAUCCAAAUUCUGAUGCAAAUACAGGGAGUUGAACUUUUUUUCUGUCUUAUUUAAUCAGCCCUUCCUGCUGUUAGAUUUUGUUCAAAUUUUUUCUGCUAGCCACUGAUGCCAAUAAAGACAAACUCCUCAACAGUGAAA